GGUCAAGAAGAAUGAAGAGACUUAUUUUACAAGGAAUUUCUUUAGCGCUUUUUUUUCUAAGUACCUCAUCGUACGACAAUAACUAUGUUGAGGAAAUUUACAAGUGGAAACGCGUGGAGUACGAGAACUUACCAAAACCAGCAAAUUCCCUGGUCGGACCGUACAGGUAUUAUAUCCCGGAGAAUAUUGACAUAAUGGGAAUGGGUUAUCACUCAGCCAGUGGGUUAAUGCUCGUGGCAGUGGGCCGAUUAAGGCCUGGAACUCCGGCAACAGCAGCUGCAUUUUGUGCAAAAAAAUAUAAAUCAGGAUCGAGUCCUAAAUUAUGGGCAUUUCCAGAUUAUGAAACAAAUGCUCUCAGGGAUUCAGAUUUUUAUAAUAAAUUGAAUAGAAGAAAGAGAAAAGCGGCGAAUUCGCAAAGUAAUUCUGAUAUUGAUGGUCGUCAUUACGAUCAACAAAAGCUUACAUAUCAAAAACCGGAAACAACUUUUUUGGCAAGUUCAGAGAAAUUCAGGAUUAUUUCCGUAUAUCAAAUGAAUGUUGAUGAAAAGUGCCAUAGAGUAUUUUUUGUGGACGUUGGAGUUUUAGAUUAUUUUCUAAAUGGAACUAAUGUAAUUCAGAAACCAGCUCUUCUUGUUUACGAUCUCCCUCCUGAUGGAUGUGAAAGCCGCAAGUUUCGAUUAAUUCGGAGAGUUGAAAUUCCAGAUAGAGUUGCCAGCCAUAAUCCUUUUGGAAUUCUUUAUACCACUAUAGAUUAUCAAUCGGAAAAUUGCGAUGAUCUCUACCUUUAUAUAAUGAAUUUUGAUUCAUAUUUAAUAGUUUACGACUACAAAAGGAAUGAUUUUUGGCAUUUCACAAAUCAUCCUACAUUUCAGCCUAUUACUGCUGAAUCCUUCUUUGUGUAUGAAAAAACUUUACACUAUCAAUUGCUAGAAGGCCUGAUGUCUGUGGCUCUUGGAUAUCCAGAUAGAUAUGGAGAUCGUACAGCUUAUUAUCUAACAGGUGCAAGUACAGCCCAAUUUGCUGUAUCUACGAGAAUUCUAAAAGAUAAAAGAAAAUCUCUUACGCAUUACAAUUUAGAUGAUUUCAGAUUAGUUGGUUAUAGAGGAUGCCUGAGCAAUGCUGGAAAGAUGGCUGUAGAUUAUACUUACGGAGUUAUAUUUUAUGCUGAGCGUCAAUCAAAUAGAAUCAGAUGUUGGAAUAUGAAUAAACCUCUUAAUCCUGAUAAUCUCGGCGUGGUUUUUGAGUCCGACAAGAUCCAAUAUCCUUUGACAAUCUUUAAGGAUUCACGAGGUUAUAUAUGGUUUAAUUCCUGCAGAUUGCCUGUUUUGGUUUUCACCAACACAUCAUUGGAUCUUAAUGAAGUGAACAAUAGAUUUUUUAGGAUUAAAGUUCGUGACGCGAUUCGCGGAACAGUAUGUGAAAAUAAUUAGAAAUUUAUAAUAAAUUUUGUAUGUUUG